UCUAGCAGUCUCUUUCGAAUUGUAUCCGACCAAUAUGUCAUCUGUCCCGGAUCAUUCAGACAAUAGCAUUAACUCCGAAUUUUCCUUCCGGCUUGGGGACUGUCACGAUUUCACCAUCAGUAAAGAGCUUCAACAAGCUAUUCUUGAUGUCUUACCUUCAAAGGACCCUUUAGACGACCCAGACUUUGACGCUAUCAACUACAUGAACAACCUGUUUCCAAACGAGACGUCCUUGGAUAUCAUUGAAAAUGAAGUCAAAAAACUGAGGCGUAAAGUCCGCAGAAUUGAUGAGGAAAUUAUAGAAUUAGUCAAUGCACAAAUUCAUGCAGGCAGCAGGGGCGGGAUACAAUUAGACAAUGCUAAGGCAUCUAUUCAAAAACUUUUUGAAAAAAUAGGUGACAUAAAAAACAAGUCUAAUAGCAGUGAAGAAAUGGUGAAUAAUAUCUGCAAAGAUAUCCGCGACUUGGACUACGCCAAGCGAAAUCUCUCUGAAACAACACAAGUAUUAAAUAGGCUAAAGCUGGUCGUUCAGGAAAUAGAAAACUUGAAAAUGAUGUACCAAAAGAAAAGCUAUGCAGAAGUAAACGAUCUUCUUCGAAACAUCAAUCAAAUCUUCUCAACUUUUGCCAACUUUCGAAACAUCGACCGAUUGAAAGAACUUGAGCAAGUAUAUGAAACCAUAAAAAGCAGCCUCCAGGUACAAAUUUUCAGCGAAUUUGAUCAUAUUAAUUCGAACAAGCUUUCACCCAAUCAACUUCAAAAUCUGUCGGACGCCUGCUUGGCUAUUGAUGCGAUUGGGCCCAAUACUCGCAGGGAGUUCAUUGUUUAUUUUUCUAGCCGUCAAUUCGCUGUUUAUGAACUCAAAUUUAAACCAGAAACCUCGCAGUUGAAAGAACUCAAUCAGCAUUAUCAAUGGUUUUUGAAUUGGCUAAGUAAUUAUGAAGAACAUUAUGCCAAAGUUUUUUUCAGUCACUGGCGCGUUAAUGAAUGUGUUGCCGAAGAUUUCUGCAUUCGUACCAACGACAAAGUGCUUCAAUUGCUAGAGCGCACAAAGUCGUCUAUAGAUAUAAAAGAACUUAAGCGUGCCCUCAAAGACACGAUCAAAUUUGAAAACUCACUCAGUUCUUAUUUUCUAAAUGAAAUCAGAAAAAUCCCCAUUGAACUUCUAGAAGAAGAGAUGAAUAGAAAGGGUGAGUCUUCGACUAAAAAAUCUGAAAGUUCGGCCCCAGAGCCAAGCAAUAAAGUUUUAAUUGAUAGCCUAUUAAAUCAGGUGGCGCUCAAGUUCAAAGGUAUUAUUUCAACUUGCUUUGAACAUUACAUGUACCUAUAUGUCAGGUACCAAAACGACUACGUUGAGGCUCAGUUCAAUCAACUUAUGAAUCAAGAGACGUGGACAACUCAAAUUGAAUCAAGUUCAAAAACCUUUAAUAGCGCUCGAAAGAUGAUUGAGCUAUUUUCUAAAGUUCGUCGAAAUGCUGCUAAUCUGAAUCAAUCUCAAGCAUUUUUCGACAUCUUCCUUAUUUUUAAAAAAUACUUAAUGCUUUAUGCAGAAAAACUUUUAGCUCGUCUCCAUUUGGUAAAUGCCAACCAAUCCACCCUUCCAUCGGAUGAAAUACUAUGCUGCAUUAUGAUCAAUACCGGAGAGUAUUGUGCAUCGAUGUGUACGAUGAUUCAGCAUGUCAUUCAGUCUAAGAUCUUACCAAGGUUCAAAGAUAGUGUUGUUCUUCAUGACGAAAGAAACAAAUACAUUGGUGUGAUUGCUUCAGCACGAGAAACAUUGAGUCAGCUUAUUGCUAUCGCUAUUGAGCCUGCCUUUGUUGAAAUGAGCCAAAUUAAUUGGGAGCGAUUUAUAGCAGAUAGGAAUGUCCUCGAUGCAAGUCCCUACGUUAGUAUAGUUUCAGAAUAUCUUCAUGAAAGAGUUUCUGUCUUUCGUUCUUACAUGACACCUCUCACUAUAUUUGAAUUUGAAGACGUUGAAUUUCCCCAAAGUCCCAAUUAUUUUCAAAUUAUUUGCGACACUAUCUUGGUUUAUUUCACCAGAAGAUACGAAGCUGCUAUAUACGCCUGUCGUAAGAUUAAUGAAGCUGGCGCUCAACAACUUCUAACCGAUUUAGCUCAAUUUAGGAAGAAUCUAGAGAGUCUGCCCAUUGUAGCUUUCGCUUCAUCUUCAGAUACGGCUCCUUCCAGUGACUACAAUCUUUCAAGCACAGGUUCUUCUGCGCCUUCUACCGUUUCUGUUACGUACAGCAAAAAAGUUCGGCGAGAAUUUGAGAAAUUAGAAAAAUUGCUCAAGGUGAUUUGGACACCUCAGGAUAUGUUGCUCGACACUUAUAGAGCCCUUUUGCCAGACAAAAAUGACGUUGAUUUAGUUUCUAUUAUGAACAUCAAAGGCAUCAGCUACCAAAGCCAGCACCAAAUUCUAGAUGCUUUUGGAUCACCUAAGGACUCACCUGCUCGAGAUUUUGUAACAAGAGACUGGAUAGAUACCACGAAAACCACCUUCGACUCAACUACACAGACUAUCAAAGGCGCCAUUUUUAAUAUGUUUAAGCAACCUUGAUUCUGUAUCUCUGCUUGUGUCAUAAAAAUCGUAUAUACUGAAACUAUCUGAUACACUUUGCAGUAUAGAUAUUUAAAACUAAUACGUUCGGCGUAUUUUGAUAAUUACGUUGGUUCAGAGAGUGAUGUGUCUUAUGAUAUGCUAAGUCUCGGUUUUGAACGGCAUUCUGGCGAAAAUAAUUUGGUCCUCUCGUAUACAUAGCGUGUCUAUAACAUAUAUGCUGGACAUCCGUUAUCUGAUAUAUGCAUGUGCAUCAAAGAAAUAUUCCAGUUCUACUGAAGCCAGAUAGCUCCAGGCCUGUGCCUACCAAAGCUAGCUUAAUAGAUAUGUACAGCGUACAGCCCAUAGAUACAUACAAAGUCAUCUAACGAAUAUCAGAACAGCCUUUUUAUAUAAACACAUGCAUCAAGAGCUGCUGGUGCCUAACUGAUAAACGUGUAUGAUAGGAACGAUGGCUAAAUUCAUAAAAAGCGGGUAGAUACACAAGACUCUAUGUACAUCCUAUGACUCAAAUCUGUCACUGCUAUAGAGUAAUAUGCCUCUAGGCAAAGCCUAGUAAGACAGUCACUAUACAUUUGUAUAUUGUUAGCAGUUUAGUCUUUUCCGGGUCGAUAAUGUACAUACGGCCACCGUUUCCACCGUAUCUUUAUUCUUUAAUAAUCCCUUCGACUCAAUCUUCAGAAACAAUAAACUAAGCAACCGCUCAGCGCCAGCUGAGACUAUGAAAACGUA